GCAGAACAUUUGAACAUGUUCUAUCGUUCUGCGCAACUGCAUUGGACGCCAUCACGACCGAGCGCAAUCCUUGACGGCGGUUUCGAUACAGCUAACCGCUCUUGCACAUGGCGCUAUAACUUCUAUGUAACGCUCCAUUUUCGUAUGUGCAGCAUACGAGGGGCUCUGCAAGAUUGACGAUAAACUGGGUCGGUUGGUUGGAAAACGGCGGUUGAAGUGGAAAACGAACGACAACAACUGGUGACUGAACAGACAACAAGAUGGCAGGGUCAACGGUUUCGUUGGAGGACAUUGGCUCGAUAUCACCUCUGCCGGCCGAAUACCGCCGAGGCCAAACGGCCAUGGCGGUUAUAGGCCUUCUAUCUCUCGUCACGACAUCGGCCCUGUGGUUUCACAUCACAUGUCGUCUCUGCAGAUGGAAGAUGAAGGACACGAAACUGACCCACAGUGCAGCUCAAGCCAGAGACAAUCCGACCGGAGUCGACCUGUCCCUCGGACUAGCCGAGAACCACUACCGCCAGGCCAAAGGAUCACACCCCCUGAGCCCAGAAGCCGCAGAGGCAUCAGCAGCAGAGGCGAGUCGAGAUCAAAACGAAUGCGCAACUUUAAGGCCCAGACCAAAGGGGGCAAACCCUCUACUCAUCCUCAUAUACAAUCUCAUAUUCGCCGACAUUACGCUCGCAGCAGCGUACACGGCCAAUGUAGUGUGGCUUCGGGGGGACGCGCUCGUCGUGGGGUCACCGACGUGCAAGGCGCAGGGGUGGAUGGUGGGCUUUGGUUGUCUCACGACGAGCGGGUUCCUGGCUACCAUUGCCAUGUACACGUACUUGGCCAUCGUCCGAGGAUACCAGCCGUCAUCGCGAAUCAUUAUCGGGAAUAUCGUACUGCUUUGGAUAUUUGCCAUCAUCGUUGCUUCUCUUGGACCCCUAAUCACCCAGAGCGAGGACUAUUUUGCUCGGCAGACACUUUGGUGCUGGAUCAGCGACACCCACGCCCCCUGGCGCCUCUCCAUCUACAGCUGGAGCUUUUUCGCCAUGGCCGGCACGUGCGUCCUCUACUUCCUCGUCUUCCGGGCCCUGUACCGGGAAAAGCGGUCCUCACGCUUCAUGCCGCACAGCGACUCCAUGUCCAUAGUACAAUCCCAAGGCGACGAUGUCGAGCCCGCCAGUCCGAACUCUAACUUCCAUAACUCAACGCCCAAAAUAAGUACCACGGCCCUGCGUCCCUCCGGUCAUCAUCCAGCUUUCCUUGUUUAUCCGUUCGUCUACCUGGCCUCCGCUAUGCCUCUGACCGUCGGCAGUAUCACCCCGCUAGGCAGGUCAGUUGGCUUCAUGGCCUUCACGGGCUCCAUGCUAGCGUUGAGCGGGUUCCUAGACGCUGUGCUGUGGUCCUCCAUUAUCGCCUUCAGCUCGUCCGAUGAUAUCGUCAACACGGGACUUGAUCAGUUCGCCUUUAUGCGGACACCGGAGGGGCGAAGUUUCGGGAAUAUGGUCUGGGUCCAGGGCGGGGCGUACACUGAGAAGCAACCAAAAGGCCGGGGAUGGUGGAAGUUGGGAGGACUGGGAGUGGAUCGGAGUAGUAGUCAGUUAUCGUUGAGGUAUGAUGAGAUUUGUGCGGCCGAGAGUGGGAUUCAAAUGAAUGUUGUUACUACGGUGGUUGUGGAAGAUGACGGGCGGGCUCAGGCGAGUACUCCUAAAGACACGCCCCUGGCAGUACCAGAUAUCCUUACCAGACCCAAGUUUCACCGAAAGGUGUACACAAAGCUAAAAAUCCCCUACAACGUCAUUAGGAUGUUCUUCCGGAGAUCUGUCGAGAAGGCCUUCAAGCUCGAUAAGACGCCAGCGGAUUGUCAUUAA